AUGUCGUACAUGCUCUCACAUCUGACGAAUGGUUGGCAAGUGGACCAGGCCAUUCUAUCGGAGGAGGAUCGCGUGGUCGUCAUUCGCUUCGGUCAUGACUGGGAUCCUUCGUGUAUGGUUAUGGAUGAAACGUUAUUCAAAAUAGCAGAAAAAGUUAAAAAUUUCGCCGUUAUUUACCUUGUGGAUAUCACCAAAGUUCCGGAUUUCAACAAGAUGUACGAAUUGUAUGAUCCUUGCACUGUGAUGUUCUUCUAUCGAAAUAAACACAUUAUGAUUGAUUUGGGAACAGGGAACAAUAACAAGAUCAAUUGGCCGAUUGAAGAUGGUCAAGAAAUGCUGGAUAUUAUCGAGACUGUAUUUAGGGGUGCACGUAAAGGACGUGGUCUUGUAGUUUCACCCAAGGACUACUCGACGAAGUACCGCACCCUUCCAGUGCCUGACUGCCAUGCCACCAGAAUGAAGCACGAGGUCUGGGAUAUCGUCAAGUUGUCCACGCGUAGACAACUGUAG